CUAUAGCACAGCAGUCUAUGGUCUGUCUGUCAAAAAGCCGUUUGCUGCUGUUGAUGGGUGUCGAGUUUCUAUAAAUUCUCAUUUUAAUCUUCUUACUUUGUGAUUCAGUAUAUUCUCCGUUGACUAAAAAUGGUUUAAUUAUUAUCUCGCGCAAUAAAUUAAGCACUGUGGCAGUUUUCUGACUCUGAUAGAAGUUGUAAACAAAUCCAAAAUGUCCGUUCCUAGCACUGGAUUGAGCAAAUUGAAGAAGAAACAUAUUCGUGUAAAACAUCAAAAAGUGAAACUUUUUCGUGCAAAUGAACCAUUACUAUCUGUAUUUAUGUGGGGUGUAAAUCAUACGAUAAAUGAGCUAAGUCAUGUCACAAUUCCGGUCAUGCUCCUUCCGGACGACUUCAGAGCGUACUCCAAGCUCAAAGUGGACAACCAUUUAUUUAACAAAGAAAACAUGCCAUCUCACUUCAAGGUCAAGGAGUACUGCCCCCUGGUAUUCAGGAAUCUACGAGAGAGGUUCGGAAUCGAUGACCUAGACUACAAGGAGUCGCUCACAAGAUCUCAGCCGAUCCCCGACGACUCAUCAGGCAAGUCGGGGGCGAAGUUCUACCAGAGCUACGACAGACUGUUCAUCCUCAAGACCCUCACUUCCGAGGAGGUGGAGAGGAUGCACUCGUUUCUAAAGCAUUAUCACCCCUACAUAGUAGAGAGGCACGGCAAGACGCUGCUGCCACAGUACCUGGGCAUGUACCGGCUGACCGUGGACGGCAUCGAGCACUACCUCGUUGCCACCAGGAACGUGUUCUCCAACCAUCUUAAUAUACACAGGAAAUAUGACUUAAAAGGCUCGACGGUAGACCGGGAGGCUUCCGAGAAGGAGCUGGAGAAAGACCUGCCGACCCUCAAGGACAACGACUUCAUCAAGCAAGGAGUCCGCAUCGAUAUCGGAGACGCUGCCAAAGAGAAGCUGCUUGAAACGCUUACUGCUGAUGUUGAGUUCCUAACAAAGCUGCACCUGAUGGACUACUCGCUGCUGCUGGGCAUGCACGAGUGCGGCCGCGGCGAGGCCGAGGCCGAGGCCGCCCAGCGCGACGCCGACCGCGACUCCGACAACAACGACUCCGACACCGACUCCGACACCGACAACAGGCAUCAUGGCGACAGGUGGGGCUACAACACCCCGCCGGACAGUCCGCGCGGGUUCGCGCGUCAGUCGUCGCUGCGCUACGAGGGCAUCAUACCAGAACUCGACAUCUACGCCAUACCCAGUCAGGAGAGUGCCCCCAAAAAGGAGAUUUACUUUGUCGCGCUUAUUGAUGUACUGACGCAUUAUGGUGUCAAGAAACAGGCGGCAAAAGCAGCAAAAACAGUGAAAUACGGUAGCAACGUGGACGGCAUAUCGACCUGCGACCCGGAGCAGUACGGCAAGCGGUUCAUAGAGUUCGUGGCCAAGGCCAUCGAGGGCAACUAGGCCAACACGGACCACGGUGCUUCUUACAGUACACGUACUUAUUCACGGGUUAUGUAGGCAAUGGAGGGCUCAUGUCACGGAUGUUAAAGAUGCCUUUGAUUUUUUAAAGAAAGAAAAAUAAAUUGAAAUUGGUAAAUUGAUUGAAAACUUGUGGUGUUAUCACGAAAAAGUUAAACAGACUUUUGAAACGUGUUUGGGACAGUCUGUUUAAGCUUUUUGUGAUAGCAACUUUAAUGUUUACUUGCAAAAGUAUUGACAGUGCAAUGAUGUAUUUAGUUUCUAUUACGCAGUCUAGCAGCUGAAUUCACAUAGUAUUACUGUACAGUUUACAAGUUUUACAGUCACCAACACACUGGUUUGGUUUGAAGUCAAAAAGGCAUUUGAGCACAUUAGCACUUCAUUUGUUUACUAAUCUGUGGUACUUAUAGAUGUCGCUACUGUGUCGUGGGGAGUUAAGAACAUUGCCUAACGUUAGUAAUUUAUUUAUUUUUUUCAUGAAUUGGCGCAUGUAUCGAUAAAAUCACUAUAAAAGUGAUCACUUUAAGCUUCGAAGUAUACGAAGCCCGUUUUAGUUUGAAGAAAGAAACUCUUGGAUUAAAAAAUAAACUGUAUACUCAAGCCACAGUAGCGCCCAUCAACGAAUAUUUUGGACUGAACAGAUACAAAUUUUCUAGUUUCUCUUUCGAUGAUUUUUUCGUCUACAACUUGUUUACGAAUUAACGAAAAGUAGAUUUAUGUAUGAACGUUCCAUAAGUUUGGAAUGUUUUCGCUGCAUUCAUUGUUUAGUUCCCGCUAGCUCAUUUAUAGACCUAAUUAAGUUCACUCAUUGAUCCUUUUGUUAGAAAAUAAAUUGGACUUUACAGGGUGACGUAGAAUAUAAAGGGCUGGUAGUUUAUUUAGAAGCGAUUUUGAAACCAGUAAAGAAAUUAUUCAAAUUGCCCGGCUAAUAUCAACAUUGACCAAAAUGCUAGUAUUGCCCGGGUGAUGUUAAUAAUUUACGGAGUCUUGGCUUUUGACGUUUAUUAUGUUCACGUAGUUACGUACUGAAAGAAGCACCGCUUUAAUGUUGUUAUAUCUUGUCCAAGACAAGUACCACGAUACAGUAAGUGUAAUAACGUCGAUUCUAAUGAGAAAUAAAUGCAAAUAAAUUAAAUUUCAUAUGUUAAAAAAAUCGUAGUGUGGAGGCAUGUAAUUGAUAUUAGCGAUUAUGCAAAACGAUCGGACAGUUUGCAAAGUUUGACGUUUUAUCAAAUUAAUAUCGUAUUUUAUUCGCUUUGCGUGCGAAUUAACACACAGUUGUGCAAUAGACACGUUGAAAGGAUUGCUGAAUCGUAGAAAGACGGAAUUGAGGUUUAAAAUAUGACUAACCAACUACAACAGAAAAUAGCCGUUGUAAAACUCUGACCAGCUAUUCUGCGAUCUAGCGUGACAGUAUGAAAUCCAGGUCGGUCAUUGUCCGAAACAGGGACGGUUACGGGUUGUAAGGGACCCAUUUUUUUACAAUUAUAAUGUUCUACACUUUCGUCUUGAUGUUUGCAAUAAUAAUUAUAAUAAGCGGACCCUUUUUGACAAUAUUCACGUUUUAUUCUAUCACUAAGUCCCUGUUUUGUGCUAUUUCAAUCUUUAUAAAGUUGUAUUCGAAGCUGACUUGUGUUAGUUGUCAUUAUUAGUAUAAAAAGACUGUCGUUCUAUACGCACAUUCUAACAUAUUUUUAUUGAUUGAUAAUAUUUUUAAAUCGUUGUUUAUUUAAUUAAAAUAAUCAUAGAUUGGUAGUAGAAAGAAAAUUUAAUUUUUAAUCUGUGUUUGAAAUUAUUAAAUGACAAUAAGUAUUUUAAUAUACAAGGCACAAAGUCAGCUUUGAAUACAGUUCAGCUAAUUCGCACUAUAUCCCAAUACCUGACAAUCCUUUGAGUAAGCGAUGUUAAAUUUAUGGAUCGAUCUAUUAUAAAUGUUCAGGACAUUUGGAUAAUACGAUUCGAUUCAUAAAUUAGACUUCUAUGAAACAUACGUAAUUGACAAAUGUGCUCGAGUUUCUCUAGAUAUGGAAUUGUAAUAAUUAACGAAGUGAGAGCGAGUGAAAAAAAACAUGCUGUUUUGAAACAUCCAUUCGUUGUAUAAGCUGUGUUGUGUGAUUCCAAUCUGUGAGAACGAGCACAUUGGUCCAUGGUGUAUGCCUAAAUUCUGUAUACAAUUGCUUGCAUUUCUACUGUAGCAUAAUUGUUACAAAACAGUUGUGUUAAUAUAAUCAUUCUGCAAUUUACAGAAGGAAAUGCAAUCAAUCUCUAUACAUAUAACUGGAACCUCCCAAGCACGUUCGCAAUAAUUUUCAUAACUCGUUAUUAGCUUUUUAUAAUGUUCCGCUAACGCGUAGUAUAGUAUUGACAAAUUAUAAUGAAUAAAUAAAAAUGUUAAAUAUCAUUGAAUUAGGAUGUUGACGUGUUACGGUUGGCCAAUUUAACUUUAUCAAUCAAAUUACGUGUAUACUAAUUGGCCGUUGUAUUAUAUCUUAUUGUAAUGCCUUCGAUAUAUUGUUUGAAGUACAUACUUGUUCAUAAUAAUGUCGCGAGACUAAACCCUCGGGAGUAUGGACCGACGCGAGUGAACUAACUUAUGAAAUUGUCAAUAAACCUUUUUGAACAUUAUGAUUUUGGAUAAUAGUGACUUUAGAUGUGAAAUUGUUGUUUAUAAAAUAAUGAAUUUGUGUCGAUCCAUACUGAUGGUAUGUAUAUGGGGUCUGUUGUUCACUGACAUACAAUGCAUGUAUAGUAAUGUCGUAAAGAAGAUUUUUGUGAAAAAUAAAAUCAUAUCUACCUGCAGUGUUGAAAUGUUUAAGAAGUUGUAUUACAAAUAGUUCGAGUACUCAUCAGACCCCAUAUACUUCUAUGCCCAAGGAAGACUGUUAUCAGUGUAUUCGGUAUUGUACUCGUUAACUAACGUUUAACUAUGUAUUCUAUUACAAGGGCGCUUAAGUCCGGAAUUGUAUAAAAACGGCCAUUGUUAAGAGUCGGUGUUUCACCCAUUGUAAUUCAUAAUGUCGUUUUGCCAAUAUACCCAUACCUAGUUCGCUUAGUUUCUGUCUAGAGUAGUGUUUUUAAUAGUACGAUGUAAGAUUUUGUUAUUUAUUAUUCUAUAUUUCGAAUAAGACUUGGAUUGUUAUGAAGUCUUUGUGAUUUAUUCUGUGAAAAUUCAUGUGCCGUUUACGGUGUAAUAGUAAUAUUGGUAAAUUUUAUACUUUGGCGUCGACUGGCGUGAUUCAACGCCAUAUCGAAUGUUUAGCUGACCUCAGAAUAAUUAUAAUAGCUCUUCAUGUAAUUCUUUUUAACUUUUGACUGUUUAUCGGGGAAUAUUACAAGAUUUACUAAUGGAAAUCAGUAUUUGGGGCGACAUUUCGUACGCCUUUCAUUUGAAAUAAUUUUGUCAGAUGUUAGUUUUUUUUUGUGAUAGAUAUUGUUUACUUUUAGAUAUUAAUUUUAUAUUAGAAUUUCGAGUCGACCACUUUUUCAUGUUUCCAAAUUUUAAAAUGAUGUGAAGUACUAUUUUGUUACGAAGUGGUCCUCUUUAGUAGUAUUAGAAAUCCUUUGUUACCCUCUCAGUGAAGAGGAUUUUUUUAUUAAUUUUAUCCAAAAGCCCCUGUCUACAUAUUCCUGAACAAUGUGUUAGUCAUGAAAUGAUUCAAAUUAUGUCAUAUGUGUUGCCAUUGUUUAGGUCGGUAAUUGUAUUUUAAUUUGUAGUUAUGUUAUUUCGAAUAGGUUUUAUCUUGUUAUCGGUGACGGUUGAAGGCACGAGCCCGCAGUGUACGGCGUAUAUUUAUUAAACGAUAGCUUCGCUACAUCAAACAUAUUCGGCAUGUAAGCAACACGGUUGAAAUGUUAAUUCUCUAGUCUACUACUCUUGUAAAGACAAAAAAUAUGUAUGAAAAAUUAAAACUUAAUUUUUUAAAUAUUCGGUUUAUAAAGAUUCUGCAUUAUAA